UCUUCAGUGCAGUCAGUCGUUUGCUAAUCACUCGCCGUGUCGUGUGUGGAUGUCCGUCCGUUCGAAACGCGAACUUCUUGAAAAUCCCACUUUUUCAGUCUUCUAAUUCCGCUGAUGUUGUGUUGUUCUGCUGGCGCUGGCGCUUGUGCUACCGACGGAGGUUCCUCUUGAAGAAAGACCGUGGCAUUUUUUGUGACCUCAUCCGGACGGUGACGGUGUUGUUCAUUAUUUGAAAGGAGAACAAAAAAAGUGCCUUCGGAAUUAUCGAUGCGCGAAAGAAGCUGAGUAAAUAGGUGCCAAAUUACCAGCGAGAAGUUUUUUUUCGUUGUAUUGGAAGUAGCUGAAGAAGAUUCUGGCGAGAAUCUACGAGGGGCUACUUGUCGAAGAACUACUCCAAAGUUCAGAAAAUUACGCUGCAGGAAAAUCAUUAUUUGUAUUGGGCUCUUGUGGGAUUGGAUGUGUUGUGUGCGGGAGAAUCUGUAGAACGACAGCCCAGGCCAAGUUUGCUUUUCGUCAUUCGCGAGUCGGUAAUCAUCGGUGGUGCGUGACGUUCCGCGAGUGGGAGAAGCUGGAAGCAAAGCACUCCGAGAAGCAUCCAACAGUGAGAAUAAUUAUUGUCAAUAAAGCAAUCAACUUGGCUUGCUUCCAUAUCGUAGCUUACUGCGGAAGAAGAUCCAGAGUGUUAAUAAGUGCAAGCGUUUGUUUUGUUUCUCCGAAGGGUGAAGUCACCGUUGCGGGUGAAAAAAAGUGAUCCGACGAAGGAAUUCGGUCUACGGCGGAGUGCCCUCCUCACGCAGGUCAUCGCUGUUGCAAUCACCUCGUCGUCAACGGUGGCGACAGUUUUUAAUAUGCACAUAUAAUUACACGUUUCCAUCGGAUUUGCUUUGCCUGCCUGCUUGCGAGCUUGCCGUUGGAAGAGCGAAUCGGUCCCAUUGUAGACCCCCAGCCGAACCGCCAAACAGAAAAUAACGCAUUUGUUUUACGUAAUAACCUGUGGCGGCGGGCGACGACUGUGGUGCAUUAUUUUUCGCCGAAACUUUGGUGGGAGAUACACAGAGAGCGAGACCCCCUUCUGCCCACCAGUUAGACGAUCGAAGCUGGACCGACGCAAGCUGUUGUCCGUGAAGAUCGAGAUUGGAGACCCGGUUUUCGUCAUUUAUUAUUUGAGACGGUUUCUCAACAAUAGCGUGACGGUCUAGCGAGUAUAAUCAGCUGCCUGCUACCGUAGGCUAGACAAAGGGGAGACCGCAACAAAAAACAUCCAAUAUCAUGUCCAUCGAGGAUCGCUUCAAUGCUGCGGUGAACGUUAUUCGGGGGUUACCGAAAAAUGGUCCAUAUCAGCCGAGCAAUGAUAUGCUAUUAACUUUCUACUCGCUUUUCAAACAAGCGACCAAAGGAAAGUGCUGCGAACGAAGGCCGGCUUUCUGGGAUGUUGUCAGCAGGGCCAAAUGGGAUGCGUGGAAUCGGUUGGGUGAAAUGCCAAAAGAAGUGGCUAUGCAGAAAUACGUCGAUGAGUUGAAAAAGAUCGUUGAAACCAUGUCCUACACGGAGAACGUGGCCAACUUCAUGGAGUACAGCACGAACGACCAGGACAGUGGCGUCAGUAUCAGCGACCUGGAAAUGGUGGCUCCGGAAGCCAUCCAGAAGGUGCGAUCACGACCCAACUCACCGCUGGCAUCGCGUGACACUAGCCCGACUCGAGCAUCGCCGGCCUCUCUGUCCCCGAUUCCCACAGUCACUGCCACAGCACAGCAGCCGCUGGUCAAUGGUUACCACCACACCAACGGAACCGUGGUCAAACCGGCUCCGCUCGUAAACGGUUAUACCAGCUAUCACUACCAGAACGGUGCCCAGUCGGACCUGAGCGAUGACGAAUACAUCGACACGGUGGACGAUUCGGAAACUGAGUCCACGUUCCGACCGAUCGAAACCGCUUCCGCCCAUAUGUCCCGCAGCCGGAUCUCACAGGGCGAUCGGGAUCUGUACUAUAGUAUGGGUACGACGGCUUCGAUGAACGGUGGUGCAGUCAAUGCGGAAGUGACUGCACAGCUGACGCGUGCUAUCGAGCGGUUGAAUGCCAGCGUCCAGCAAGUUAACAACCGGAUUUCGGUGGUGGAACAAUCCGUGGCUGGUCUGCGCAAUGCCCACCAACAGCAACAGGUGGUGCAACGUUUGACGGCGAAAACUUUCCCACCUUGGUGGCCAUUUGAGGACAUUUCGCCCCGGCUGCUCGCGCUGAUUAUCCUGUGGCCGCUGGUCGUGAGCCGGAUGAGUGCCUGGCUGCAGCGAAGGAAAUGAACCUCCGGCUGUCUAUCUAGCUGUAAUGGUGUGCGUGCGUUUUUACAUAACUCGGGGCUUGAUUUCUUGGCACUAUUAGAACGUGGUGUACAUAUUAGUGUUUUAAUUUAAAGAAAAUGUAUUGUUUUUUUCGUGGAAGAGAAGGACAAGGAUUCACAUUCCGAGAGGCAGCGGUGGCGUUUGCUGAAAAACUAAGAGCUUUUUUUCAAUUACAGAGAAACAGAAUGCAACCGUCGUACAUUGGUACAAAUAUUUCAAGCGAGAGGACACACUGAAGGCGGUCACAGCUCUAGAACCUAGGACAAGAAUGUGCAAGAAAAGCAAAGUGCAAUUUAUUUCCACCCCUCUUUUACGUGUAUCGGAUUAUUUUUAUUGUUUUGUUAUCCAUUCCCAAGUAAGUGAAACUUUCGGUUAUUCUUUAGGUUCUAUCCAAACUUUUAAAGUCGAUAAACCCUCUAUCUAUACCUCUAUUCUCUAACUGAGUUACCAGAUGAUAUACGGAUGAUUAUCAGCACCUACGGAUUUGUAAUAUAUACAUAUUAUCUUGGUGUUUUUGUGCUUUAUGACUAUUAUUUGUGAUUACUCUGUUGUACCUAUUCAUUGUACUUUCCGGUGUUUGAGGAUUACAGUUCCAAACCUAUCGGAAGGCAUUUAUACAAAACUACAACUAUAUUAAAGUACUGCUAAUAAAUUGUUCAAAAUGGUAGAUAUGUUUA